UGCAUGUUGGUAGUGCCAUAGAGAGGAGCAACAUAGUAGAGAUAUGCCAGUGGGGGUUUGUUCCCACCACGAACAUGUCUUACACAAAUCAACACACACACACCCCAAAACACCCGUGCCCCUCUUCUUUCCAAUUGCCCCCACACUCCACAUGAAUCUCUCUCUCUCUCUCUCUCUCUCUCUCUCUCUCUUCAUUGCCUCUUCAUAAAUACUAACCGUCACCCCCAUCAAUAUCACUCUCACCACCACCACUACUACUUCUACUUUUUCUCUCUCUCUCUCUCUCAAAGUUAAUGGCAAUUAGAUCAAAAUCAACCAAACUAGUUCAAACUACAGUCCUUAAACAAAUCCUGAAGAGAUGUUCAAGCUUAGGCAAAAAAAAUGGGUAUGAAGACGAAGAAGAAGAUGACGGUACUCUUCCACAUGAUGUACCAAAAGGUCAUUUUGCUGUUUAUGUUGGUGAAAACAGAAGCAGAUACAUUGUACCAAUUUCAUUCUUAACUCACCCUCACUUUCAGACACUCCUUCGACAAGCUGAGGAAGAAUUCGGAUUCGAUCAUGAUAUGGGUCUCACUAUUCCUUGUCAAGAAGUUGUUUUCCGAUCUCUAACAUCGAUGAUCAGAUGAAUCAACGGCUCUCAUUCAAUUGAAGAACGAUGAUCAAGAUGAAGCUACAUCUAACUGUUUUUGUUUUUGUUUGCUUCUCUUUUUUUUAACAUCUUUCUUUCACUAUGCUCUAUUUUCGUUUCUGUUUCGGAAUGGGCCUUGCCCCGUCUCAAUUGGACCUCUGCACCAAAGCCCAGAUCCAUACUAGAGCGUCCUGCAAACUGCACGCACUCAUGCGAUGUGGAUCAAUUCGCGAUCUAGUUUUUCCCUUUUUUUUUAGUUAUUUUUGUUUAUUUUCUCUUCUUUUGAAUAGCCCUAUAUAUUUAUGGGUGUUUUUUUUUUAUCAUAUUAUGUGACUAUAACUUUUGUUCCCAGGAGCAUUUCUUGGGGUAAAAUUUGUAUAAAGGGUUUGAAGUUGAUUUUCCUCCCU